AUGCUUCCACCUCUUCUCCAAGGUAUAGUAUACUGUACAUCAGCCUCCUGGUUGCCACCUCAUCCUGUAUCCCGUCAAACCCAGGAUUCGAGCUGGCAACUCUUCUGUUGCUGGCCCAUCUCUCUAACCUUUAGGCUACCUGCUGACCUCUCUGUCCUGCCCUGUGUAUGUGUCUGCCAGGUCCUGGAUGAGGUGGAGAGGAGGAGGGCCCUGUCUCCAGCCCUGGUCCAACCCUUCAUGAGGGCCAUUAUGGAGGCUCCGUUUCCUGCUCCUGGCAGACCCAUCACCAUUAAAACCUUCCUUCCCGGAUCUGGUACUGAGGUAAGUCCUCGAUUUUACGUUAAUCUCCAAAGAAGACUUCCAAUAAUAUUACAUACAGAUGCCAUGCAAAGUGUUUGAGUUGAAGUGUUCUAUGCUGCGUCCGUUUUGUAUUAGUAAAAGACAUCUCACUCUCCACUCUCUUUGUCUCUCUCUCUCUCUUCUUCUCACUCUCUCUUUCUCUCUCUGUAACCCCCUGUCUGUUUAUCUCUCCCCCCUUCUUUCUACCCCCUCCUCCUGUCUCAGGUAAUGGAGCUGUGUCGUCCAUCUGACUCUCGCCUGGAGCAUGUGGACUUUGAGUGUCUCUUCUCCUGUCUGAGUCUGCGUCUGCUACUCAGGGUCUUUGGUUCUCUCCUGCUGGAACGUAGGGUCAUCUUCACUGCAGACAAACUCAGGUGUGAUGCCAUUAGCCUGAUAGGCUACUCAGCACUUUAUGGCAUAGUUAAUAAGCAGAAAUCAAAACAAUUGUAUGUAUUAUUUUACAAUUAUAUUUUAUUUCAAAGCAGCCACAAAGCAUCCCCCAAAGAGGGUAGUAAAGCUGGGACUGUGGAUUUUAUAGCUGAGAGGAACACAAGAGACAGAAUAUAAGAGAGAAAAUAAAAUAGUGUCUCAGCCUCAUGGUUAAAAUGUUUUUCUUCAAUGUGACAGGGAGAUAUUGAGUGAAGCCUGCUGUUGUGUUGAUUCUGUCCCUUUUAGAAACUGUUUAUUUCUCUUUGGAUAAAGCCUGUGAGAGCCAGAGAUGGCUAGGGCCACUGGGGUCAGUGUAGUAGAAGAGAGGUACGCAGAGUGGAAUGACAUAGGUCGUGGUCAAAGGUUUUGAGAAUGACAUAAGUAUUGGUCUUCACAAAGUUUGCUGCUUCAGUGUAAUGAGAUAUUUUUGUCAGAUGUUACUAUGGUAUACUGAAGUAUAAUUACAAGCAUUCCAUAAGUGUGAAAGGCUUUUAUUGACAAUUACAUUAAAUUUAUGAAAACAGUCAAUAUUUGCAGUGUUGACCCUUCUUUUUCAAGACCUCUGCAAACCGCCCUGGCAUGCUGUCAAUUAACUUCUGGGCCACAUCCUGACUGAUGGCAGCACAUUCUUGCAUAAUCAAUGCUUGGAGUUUGUCCGAAUUUGUGGGAUUUUGUUUGUCCACCCGCCUCUUGAGGAUCGACCACAAGUUCUCAAUGGGAUUAAGGUCUGGGGAGUUUCCUGGCCAUGGACCCAACAUGUCUAUGUCUAUGUCAUGGAAAGAGCAGGUGUUUUGUAUACUCAGUGUAUGUGAUCGUAUAUAAAUGUAAGCAAGGUUUGAAAUGAUUGGGUUUUAGUCAAAUAUUAUAUCUGCUUGGGCUUCUUGUGGUCAAUUUCCAGUCUACAUAUUUAUCGUAAUUGUGUUUUUCGGCCCAUGACCAUCCGCUCAAAAUCAAAUCACAUUUUAUUGGUCACAUACACAUAUUUAGCAGAUGUUAUUGCGGGUGUAGCAAAAUGCUUGUGUUCCUACUCCAACAGUGCAGUGGUAUCUAACAAUUCACACAAAUCUAAAAGUAAAAGAAUGGAAUUAAGAAAUGUAUAAAUAUUAGGACGAGCAAUGUCUGAUUUGUCAUUGAAUAAAAUACAGUUAAGUACAGUAUAUACAUAUGAAAUGAGUAAAACAGUAUGUAAAUACUAUUAAAGUGACUAGUGUUCCAUUUAAAGUGAACAGUGAUUCCAUGUCUAUGUACAUAGGGCAGCAGCCUCUAAGGUGCAGGGUUGAGUAACCGGGUGGUAGCCGGCUAGUGAUGGCUAUAACAGUCUGAUGGCCUUGAGAUAGAAGCUGUUCUUCAGUCUCUCGGUCCCAGCUUUGAUGCACCUGUACUGACCUCACCUUCUGGAUGAUAGUGGGGUGAACAGGGCGUGGCUCGGGUGGUUGUUAUCCUUGAUGAUCUUUUUGGCCUUCUUGUGACAGCGAGUGCUGUAGGUGUCCUGGAGGGCAGGCAGUGUGCCCCCCGGUGAUGCGUUGGGCAGACCGCACCACCCUCCGGAGAGCCCUGCGGUUGCGGGUGUUGCAGUUGCCGUACCAGGCGGUGAUACAGCCCGACAGGAUGCUCUCAAUUGUACAUCUGUAAAAGUUUGUGAAGGUCUUAGGGGAGAAGCCACAUUUUUCAGCCUCCUGAGGUUGAAGAGGCGCUGUUGCGCCUUCUUCACCACAAUGUGGGUGGACCAUUUCAGAUUGUCAGUGAUGUGUACGGCGAGGAACUUGAAGCUUUUCACCUGCUCCACUGCGGUCCCAUCGAUGUGGAUAGGGGCGUGCUCUCUCUGUUGUCUCCUGAAGUCCACGAUCAGCUCCUUCGUUUUGUUGCCGUUGAGGGAGAGGAUAUUUUCCUGGCACCACUCCGCCAGGGCCCUCACCUCCUCCCUGUAGGCUGUCUCAUCAUUGUUGGUAAUCAGGCUUACUACUGUUGUGUCGUCUGCAAACUUGAUAAUUGAGUUGGAGGCGUGAGUAGCCACGCAGUCAUGGGUGAACAGGGAGUACAGGAGGGGGGCUGAGCACGCACCCUUGUGGGGCCCCUGUGUUGAGGAUCAGCGUAGUGGAGGUGUUGUUUCCUACCUUCACCACCUGGGGGCGGCCCGUCAGGAAGUCCAGGACCCAGUUGCACAGGGCGGGGUUCAGACCCAGGGCCCCGAGCUUAAUGAUGAGGGUACAGGGUACUAUGCUGUUGAAGGCUGAGCUAUAGUCAAUGACCAGCAUUCUUACAUAGGUAUUCCUCUAGUCCAGAUGGGAUAGGGCAGUGUGCAGUGCAAUGGCAAUUGCAUCAACUGUGGAUCUAUUGCGGCGGUAUGCAAAUUGAAGUGGGUCUAGGGUGUCAGGUAAGGUGGAGGUGAUAUGAUCCAUAACUAGCCUCUUAAAGCAUGAUGACAGAAGUGAGUGCUACGGGGCGAUAGUCAUUUAGUUCAGUUACCUUUGCUUUCUUGGGUACAGAAACAAUGGUGGACAUCUUGAAGCAAGUGGGGAUAGCAGACUGGGAUAGGGAGACAUUGAAUAUGUCCGUAAUCACUCCAGCCUGCUGGUCUGCACAUGCUCUUAGGACACGGCUGGAUAUACCGUCUGGACCGGCAGACUUGCAAGGGUUAACACAUUUAAAUGUCUUACUCACGUCGGCCCCGGAGAACGAGAGCCCGCAGUCCUUGGGAGCGGGCCGCAUCAGUGGCACUGUGUUAUCCUCAAAGCGGGUAAAGAAGGUGUUUAGCUUGUCCGGGAGCAAGACGUCCGUGUCCGCGACGUGGCUGGUUUUCCCUUUGUAAUCCGUGAUUGUCUGUAGACUCUGCCACAUAUGUCUCGUGUCUGAGACGUUGAAUUGCGGCUCCACUCUGUCUCUGUACUGACGUUUUAUCUGUUUGAUUGCCUUACAGAGGGAAUAAUUACACUGCUUGUAUUCAACCAUAUUCCGAGUCACCUUGCCGUGGUUAAAUGCAGUGGUUCGCGCUUUCAGUUUAGCACGAAUACUGCCAUCUAUCCACGGUUUUUGAUUUGGGUAAGGUUUAUUAGUCACAGUGGGAACAACAUCCCCUAUACACUUCCUGAGGAACUCAUUCACUGUGUCCGUGUAUACGUCAAUGUUAUUCUCAGAGGCAAUCCGGAACAUAUCCCAGUCCGCGUGAUCAAAACAAUCUUGAAGCAUGGAUUCUGAUUGGUCAGACCAGCGCUGAAUAGACCUUAGCACGGGUACUUCCUGUUUGAGAUUCUGCCUAUAGGAAGGGAGGAGCAGAAUGGAGUUGUGAUCUGAAUUUCCGAAGGGAGGGCAGGGGAGGGCCUUGUAGCCAUCCUGGAAGGGAGAGUAACAAUGGUCAAGAGUUUUUGUAGCGCGAGUACUAGAGGCAUUGUGUUGAUAGAACGUCGGUAGAGUUUUCCUCAAAUUUGCUUUGUUAAAAACCCCAGCUACAAUAAAUGUGGCCUCAGGUUGUUUCCAGUUUGCCCUCAAGUCCAGUGUAGUUCCUUGAGGGCCGUCGUGGUAUCAGCUUGAGGGGGAUAUACACGGCUGUGACUAUAACCGAAUAAAAUUAUCUUGGAUGGUAACACGGUCAACAUUUGAUUGUGAGAUAUUCUAGGUCGGGUGAACAAAAGGACUUGAGCUUCUGUACGUUAUCAUAAUCACACCAUGAGUAGUUAAUCAUAAAACAUACACCAUGCCUUUCUUCUUCCGGGAGAGUUCUUUAUUUCUGUCUGCGCAAUGUACUGAGAACCCAGCUGACUGUAUGGACGGAGACCGUAUAUUCGGAGAGAGCCAUGAUUCCGUGAAACAGAGUAUGUUACAGUCUCUGAUGUUUCUCAGGAAGGAGAUCCUUGCCCUGAGCUCGUCUACUUUAUUGUCCAAGGACUGAACAUUAGCGAGUAAAAUACUCGGAAGCGGUGGAUGGUGUGCACGCCUCCUGAGUCGGACUAGAAGUCCACUCCGAAUACCUCUUCUUUGACUGGCAGCGUCUUGGGGCAGCAUCUGGAAUAAGUUCGUAUUUCUGGUCGUAAUAGUCGUAUUUCUGGUCGUAAACAAUUCGGCCCGCGGCUGUAUCUGCUUGAUGAUCCCUGUCUUAGAGUGAAGGAAAAUGCCCCUGUGGCAAAUAUGGGCAUUGAGAAGAAAUUCGAAAAUGACAGAGGAAGUUUUUGUCGAAGGACAAAAUAUUUGACACCACACUGCCGACUAGUGGUGAAAAUACUCACAUACAAACUUUUUAAAAAGCAACUGAAGGCGAUAAACAUCUUCUCUGGUACAAAAUGGCCUAUGUGGCAUCAAUAUGAGUCAUUACAAUGUAUUCUAGUGUCAAAAUUGACUACAAAGUGUAAAUAGAUAAAACAGAGAUUUGCGAGAUAAUUAGGAGAGACAUUUGUUUUGUUAUGGAAUGAAGGGUACCAUAAAAGUUUUCCUUGGGUUGGGUUUAUUUCAAUCCUGCUCACAUGCUCGCAGCACCCAAGUAAAUCAUCAAUUUGGAGUGCAGCUGCAUGCGACUCGAACGUAAUGCCCAUGGUCAAUUUUGUUUGACAUAGUCCAUAUGGGGCUAGAUACAGACCAUCAGUAAAUUACACAAUGUACAUGGGACAAUAUUUUUAAAUGUCAAUAGCUCCAGAUUUAAAAUACUUAAAAACCUCAAACCAAUUAUAAAUGUAAAGAAUUCAUAUAAAAUAUUGAAAGCAUGUAGCACUUUCCCGCACUCAAAUGACCUAGUGGCCUCAUGGUUGGAAUGUUACAUUUUUUUAUAUUUUCAUAAUUAAUAAACAUUAUUUUAAAAAAUAAAACUCAGAAAAUCUGGUGUUUCUAUGUCAAACAGUUUUGUUAUAGUUCAGUCUUCUGUGAUGUAUUUAAAGUGUAAUAUUUGGAUGCAAACCAAAAAUGGAAUACAUUUCAACUCUAUAUCUGACAUGGUACAGGUGUUUUAUUUUUUUAAGCCCAUAACCAUGUGUGUGAGGUGUAUACUAUUGUUUCAAAGUAGAUUUGUUUAAGACUACCAAGAAACACUCUGUGUGACCCUGAUUUAGCCCACUGCAGUAAAAGGUUAUUAAUGAGACAACUAAAAGGUGUGCAACCAUUUACAUUGUGUAAUUUAUUGACGGUCCCUAACUAGCUCCGAGCUAGACUGUCCAAAGUCAAACCAACUCUGCCACGGUCGCACACCAACAGGCUGAAGCUAAUUGGCGAAAGAAGUUGCCUAGGCAACUUCAAGACACAAGGUUAGACUGUUUAAAAUUAUCUAGAAGGGUGAGAGACUGUAACUGUGUACUGUUUUGGCACAGUGAAUGUGCAAACGCCUGCCACGUACGAACACACACACACACACACACACACACACACGAGACACCCACAUUAAACCACACCCUCAAGACAACUCUCGUUUGGCUACAGUCAUGGCCGCUGCAUUUCUCAAUGAGUAAGCUAAAAAAAACUAGGCCAAAUCAGUAUGUUCGGCCCCCAUUUAAUGAACCUUUCUUAGUAUGCAGCAAAGAAUACAGUGAGUAUAACAUGAAACCUGUUGUGAUUCAACUUGGAGGACAACUAACUAACUGUUAGAUAACUUAAAUCACUUACCAUUUCUCUUCUCUGCAGUACUCUGUCUCAGUGCUGCCAUGCGGUGGUGGCUCUACUCUACCCGUUCACCUGGCAGCACACGUACAUCCCCGUGCUGCCACCUGCCAUGCUGGACAUAGUGUGUACCCCCACCCCCUUCAUCGUAGGGCUACUGUCCAGCUCCCUCCCACAGCUCACAGAGCUACCCCUAGAGGAGGUGAGAGACUACAACCCCUGUCUGGGGCUCAAACCUCAACAGGAGAAUAUAUGUACUGUUGAUAUGUUUUGGGUUGCUGUAAUCCACAAGGAAUUUUGAUGGCCAGGACUCACACACCCUAUCUGCUUUCCCUACUCCACAGGUGCUGGUGGUUGACCUUGGAAACAGUCGCUUCCUCAGACAGGUACUGUUACUUCACUGAUUCACUGAUUUAGCCUAGUCCUGGACUCAAAUGCAGCUUCAUUAUGUUCACUUCAUCGAAGUCUGUGAUAUUUAGCUAAUCAUGUAUAUUGUUUUUCUUUUGAAUGUCCAUGUCAGCUGGAUGAUGAGGACUCUAUCCUGCCUUCUAAACUCCAGUCAGCCCUAGAGACAGUCCUGGAGAGGAGGAGAGAACUGGCGUCAGAGCGAGGAGGACACGGUCCCAAUGGUACAAUUAUAUAUUAGAGAGAAAAUAGUCUCCUUUGAUUACUUGUGAUUGGCCGACAACAACAAGCUACACACGCCAUUCUUGUGAAAAGCCUGAGCAGCAGCAUAAAGUGGCACUAGCAUCUGGCUCUGUGUGUGCCGUGGCAAACAAGUUAGGAGAUCAAUGGAAGAUGGAAUUAAAAUGACAGAAUUAAAGUUAAAUGAGAAGGAUAGGCUACAACGACCAAGAGCCAACAGGUAGGCUGGUACUUAAUACUCUGAAUGGAGGAGUUGUUGUAAUUGUGUAGGCCGGGGAAAGAGCAGCCUAUGUAGUGUUGUGUCGAGUAAACGUUGCUAAUUAUGCUGUGCGACCAAGGAGAACCGCUGACGCUGUAUUUUCAUCAUAAAGGUUUAUUCAUAACAAAGGGUUACAGCGUCGAUUUACAGAUACCUGCAGAUACCUGGAGAAUAAUCGCCCCAUCUCAAAUAUGAUUAUUCUGUCUUCCUUUGUCCUAACUGUGGUAUAUAUCCUAUGUAAUCUGAUAUGGGUGUUCCCCUACAGACCAAUCACCUGUCUCCACACAACAGACUUCCUCUGUUCUAUGGGGUGUCCCCCUAAAACUGCUCCCCAGAUGCUCCCUCUAAGCUGAAUAAACCUCCUCUCAGGUUCCAUUUGAAAACGUUAGCAAAGUCAUAAUUCCUCAGAUACUACAUAUUCCCCCCUUCGAGACAAAUUAAGUCUCGAAAACAAAAAGAAUAGGAUUAUGACAAAUAACAAUUUCUCUCUUAUUGAGUAACUUUAACAAUAAACCAAAAACACAUUUUUCUAUGGAGUGUAAAUACAUUUCUAUGAAAUAUGAACAAAUCUUUAUGGAGUGUGAAUACAUUUCUAUGAAAUAUGAACAAAUCUUUAUGGAGUGUGAAUACAUUUCUAUGAAAUAUGAACACAUCUUUAUGGAGUGUGAGAGCGAAAAACCUGUCUGGCAGCUUUCUUUCCAAAUAUCCCUCCAUCAAUCAAGACAGUAAAAUUCUCUCACGGCCCCUCUGCCCCAGGCAACCACUUAAGUACUCCAGAUCAAUUCAUAAAUCUUUAUCAAUGCAUUUGAAACUAUGAUGCAAUUUGAAUACACAUGAAAGCCUCAGCAAACAAAAUACUAUAAAAAUGUCCACACUAAGGCUGGUCGACCCAUCGGACCCUCCUGUGGAUUCUCUCUAUCCCUGCCUAGAUCCAAUAUCCCUAAGCUUCCACGAAAUAAACAAAAACAUCUGAGAUCCCCACAUGUACCCAAUAACAGCAAAUAUCAUUCUACAAAAAUUAAUACAGAAAGAAUAUGACACAAUUUAUGUAUUACACAUGCAAAUAUGUCUAUAUAUCAUUGCAGACACUGGAAUGUAGUCCACUACACUUCAUCUCCUCAGCAGUGUCGACUUCCAAUGCAUCGUUGAUGAUAGAAUCGGAAAAUUUCCACACCUUCCUUUUUCCACUUCCUCCAGUCCCUUCAUAUUGUCCUUACAUAUUGUCCUUGUUUGAGCAUUUGAAUCCCCUCUACAUGUUCCCCCAUAUGCUUCUGGAAGAAAAGAAAAGACCAAACAGUAUCUUUUGCAAAACAACACAUUCAAAUUAAAACAUAAUAAUAUAAUAAUAUGCCAUUUAGCAGACGCUUUUAUCCAAAGCGACUUACAGUCAUGCGUGCAUACAUUUUUACGUAUGGGUGGUCCCGGGGAUCGAACCCACUACCUUGGCGUUACAAGCGCCGUGCUCUACCAGCUGAGCUACAGAGGACCACCAUCAAUAUCAACUAAGAAUAUAAAAAUGAUAUAUAAAAUGAAUCACAUUCUAUUUCCCCCCUUUGAUUCAUAACAAAAUACUAAAAUCACCAUAAUAUUUAAAACCCCUUUGAAAAAUACAAAAUUGAUAUCUAUCUAUCAAUACUCCUUUGAGUCUUGACAGAAGGUUAAACCCUCUUAUCGUUUCAUUUGCAAAACCCUUCAAAUUAUAGGUAAUAUUAUCUAUGUUAUCUUCCCAAAUUUUUCACCAUACCAUGGAAAAAUCCCCACUUCUCUCUUAGACUUAUCCUCCAAUGAUAGGCUUCCCAGACUAUGAAACUUCUCUCUUUCAGAAUCAGAUUUAUCUCUUUCCCUUGCUUCCCCUAUUUUAAUUUUAAAACCUCAUAUGGAAGCUUCAACUUCAACAUGUAACAACAUCCUAUCCAUCCAUAGGGUAAGAAUAUAUUCUCUCACCACAAACCCCUAAACAUAUCUAAAAUCCCCCAAUAGUCACAUUAUCAUUCAAAACUUCUCUCCUUACUAAAUGAAACCUCAAAAGUUACAUUAUAUUUCUCAUUACUAACCUUAUGUUCCUGCUUACCCCAAAGUCAUCAUAUAAUCAUCACCAUCUGAUAUUCCCUUAAACAUCCCUUUCCAUCAUAUGUUUUAUUAGAACAAAAACAGCUUUUAGCCCUCACUGGUUUCACCUCCAAUGCUUCAUAAAGCGCUAUUAACUGAUUUUCCUUCCUAUCUAACAAAUUCACAUAGGGUAAUUCAUUUAAGCAAUAACACUUAAACCUAGGCCUAAACAAAUGUUUCCACAACUACAUUAUUUUCUCUGUUAAUGAUUGUUGCUAAUACAACAUCCCUUAUAAAACAUAAGAUUGACACAUACUUGAUAGAAAUUUAGCUACCUUCUAAGAAUCAACCCCAUUUUCCUUAUGCUGAAAUUCUCAACAGACAUUUACCCUCAAGAUUCCUCACUGAUCUUACAGAAUGAGGUAACUCCUUGAACUAAAGAUUCCUACCUGCCCAUCCAUCUUUAAUUUUCAAACAGAAGAAUUAAAUCCAUAUUCCUUCCAUUUAGUUUCUCUCUUCCCUAACGAACUGUAUUGAUCAGAUAUAUCUUCUCGUCUUUCAUUAAAAUCAAAGAACUCAUCCUGUACCUCCAUGAUAGUAUCCUGCACUAUUUCAGAUGAAUCUGCAUCAUUCUCUACUACCAUCUGCUCUCCUAUCUCAACACUAUCCUUACUACCAUUGACAGCACUCUCCAUCCGUAUCAUAAACUCCCGAGUCACUCUUGCUACAUCCUUUAGUUUCAGAAAAGUUGUUGUUGGUGUCUGUGUCAUACUUCCUACAUUUGUUAUUGCCGUCGUACCAUUAAUCUCUUUCAAAGUUACUAUUAAAAUAGUUGCUGUAGUUGAUGUAUUAACACUCUUAACUAUUUCCAGUGGGAAAGUUACAGAUAUCCUCUGUGUAGUAUUUACUGUUGGAGUGGCUACUGUAAUAUACUUCUCCUGAAUUCCUUUGGUGACUGUGGUAGCUUCAACAGACCUCAAAUCUUCCAUAUGAGCGUCACCUUACGAGUUACAUAACCUUUUAACCAAUAAUUCUUAGCCGGAACAAACUUUAAUGCUUGCACUAAAUAAGUACACAUAUAUUCUCCCUGAUCUUUCCAUGUAACAUUACUCAAAAUAAGUGAGCAAUCACUCAUAACCAUCUUCCACUUCAUAUUGUUGUACAAAACAUACUUCCUUUCACUAGGUGAAACAGCUUCUACUUCUGGUCUUCAUAACAACGCUUCUUCUCCAUAAUUAUCUCUCCACAUGAGAGGAACCUCACCUCUACACAUUCCUUCUCUCACAUCUACAAGGAAGAUGAGCUGUAUCACCCAUCCUAACCCUAAUGACAGUCUUUUCCUCUAAAAUUGGUUUUGGAGCGAUUGGCUCCCUUGUAAUCAAAUGUGAUAUAUUUAUAGCUUUAAUAACUGUCCAUGUUGAAAUAGUUAAAUUGCUUCUCACUGUUGUUAUAAUAUGCUGAAGUGUUGAUGUAAUUGUUGUUGAUUCAUCUAUUCUCCCUAAAGCUUUGAACUCUUUACUUGUAUUUCCAUCUAUCACCACUAGUGUCACUACAUUAACUCUCAGUCCUAACUCUAAUCCCUCACUUUCAACCUUUUGAUCAUAAAAAAUACAUUCAUAAUCACCUUGAUCUUCCUGCUGGGAAUUGUAAAUAUAGAUACUACAAUCACCCUCAAUCUUCAUUCUUCUCUUAUCAUUCAGCAACGCAUACUUUCUCAAUGCAACUGCUCCUAACAGAUCUAAACUCCUACCAUAUCUAUCUUCCCACUGAACUCUAAAUUUCCCUUCACCACUGUUCUCUCUCUCUUACUACUAACAUUGAAGCUUAGCUGACUGUCCUAGAGUUCCUUCAACCCUAGUUUUCUUAACUUUUUUAAUCUGACUUUUCUCCUAACUUUUUCAAAAACCAUUUCACUGAUUUAUCCACAAAUUCCUUUCCCACUAAUUUUAGAACAUGUGAUCGGGUAAUCCCCACCUGCUUAUAACUUCUUUACACACAGACUUGGCAAACGAUUGAGCAUCUUUUAGCCUAGUUUGACAUCUUAUUCACCUCUUGGUGUAGGAAUGUAACCAAGAAUAACAGUCACCCCCUGUAAACAUUAUUUUUCAGACAGAUUGUGCUCCUUCCUAUGAUAUAUAAUCAAUCUUUUCAAGCAAAUAUGAUUCCCAAAAACCAUACUCCUUUGUAAUCUUUCCCUAACCUUAGCCUUCUUUAAAGAAUCUUCACUGAGAUUUCCACUCCAGAAUACUCAAGACAAAUCCAUCUCUGUCAUCAUCAACCAUUGGUAAACCUUUUCCUUUGGCACUUCUACCAGACAGCCGUCUGGUGUACAUCUUAUUGUACAGUUCAACUUACACAAUGCAUCUCUUCCCAACAAUGCAAUAGGUAUAUGUUCUGAUACCAGUAUGGGUAUUGUAAUUUUCUUCAUUUUCAUAGCAGAGCUCAAUUGGUUCCUUAAGAGUAAUCAACUGUUUUACUCCCUCAAAUCCCUAUCCUAAUUAGUCAAUUUUAUAUAGUGAGAUGUGUAACCUCUUCAGGCUGAACACAGAUAAAAGCUGUUCCACUAUCCGCUAUCACUUCCCAUAGUCCUUUGUUUAUUUUCACUUCAAUUGUUGGAUCUUUUUCCGGUCCUGAUGCUACCAGCUGACACCCCCCUUUCGGAUCUUCUAGGCACCCCUAGAAUCCUUGCUCCGUGUCCCUAUAAGGGUUCACCUGUCCUCCAGAUGAUCUUCACUUGCUCCUGUAUCUUCCUCUGAAAUUCUUUCUUUCCAGAAACUAUCUAUGGAUAUGAAACAACUUGUACCACUAGUUGUUGCUGGUACAAUUGCAUUUGACCUUGUUCAGUUGAAGCUGUGGUAGUGAUUGUUGAUUUGGUGCACACUGAUUCUUCAUAACCAAAGCUUUUCUUCUCCUUCUUCUUCUCCCCGAGUUGUAAUUCAUCAAGUUUUCUGAGAGUUUCUUGGUCCUGUUCUUUCUAGUUGUUGACAUAUCGGUAUUCUUCAAAGGCUUAUAUUCUAGGCUCUGUCCUCGAAAUAUCAUCUUCCAUCUUCUUCUUACUUGUGCUCUCUUUCCUUUCCUCAAUGUAUUCUUCUCCAAUUCUUGGGAUCCUUUUCUCAGCAGUUUUUUCUCCUCUUCUGUAUCUUCUUGAGUUGUUCUUCCAGUUCUCUUUGUCUCUUCUAAAUUAUUCCCCUUAUCCAGGCAUAAUACACAUCAGUCUAUAUCUCUUUCUAUUUCUUCUUUGCUAAUCAUUGUAGAAUAAAAUCCUCUUGAAUAUGAAGCCCCUUUAAUCUCCAAAUCUUCAUCGCUGUCUCCAUCUUUACUUUCAUCAGAACUCGAAUCUCUUGUAUUCUUCUUCUUCAAACAUCCAUCACCCCUUCUUUCCGCUAUGGCCAACCUCCGUCUGAUCACAGAGUCAUAUCCACCCAUGAUCUCUUCUCAAUCACUCUGAUCAUCAUCAUCAUCUUCUUCAUCUUCAAGUUCCAUCUUCCUGAACCUCAUUCCACUCUUAGUUUCCAGACAUCUCAUUUUCUUCCUACUUUUGGAGUUUUGGAUUCAUCUUUAUGGUCAUUUCUGCUUUUCCUCUCUCUAUUAUUCAAUCACUUUCAUCAUGUUGAUGACGUCAGGGUUGAGAUUCCCUUCCACUAGCUAUGGUUGUUCAAAGUCAGGCCAACGUUUAUUCCCUUUUCCAGAUAACCUUUAGUUAAUGGUAUUGCAAGGUUUACUAUUUUCAACUAUAUCAACAGGUGUAAUUACUUUCAUAGUUCUGAUGUCCUUUUUCCCCAUUGUAACAACUAUUUUUUUUUAUAUUCCUUUAUUGUGAAUUAUUUUUAUUAUUUUAGACUAUAUAGCCUAUGGUUUCCUCCCUAUUUUUUUCUCCUUAAUUAAUUAGUCAAUUAAUUUAUUCAUCAAUUUAUUUAUUUUUUCAUUUUAUUUUAUUUUAUUUUACCAAAUUAUUGAUUAGUGGCAAUCUUACCACAUCCAAUCAGGAAAUUAAAUGAAAGUAGUCAACUUCAGAGCAAUCCAAAAAAAUAAAGACUUCUAAUCCUACAACACUACAGUACUCACAAACCCCAUUGCUUAAUAAGCACCCAAUGACCUUAAUUUUACAGAAUGUCAGUACUCGAUUCCCCCACUCAACUCUAAUCAAACCCACUCAUGCACAAUAACUCCAAUAUGCAAUUACAUCAAUUGAUCAGUCUGUUGCCAAGUCCCUGUCAAAUUGUCAUAACAUCAAUUAUGAUAGGCACACAAAAUAUCCUGUAUAGGAAGGUAGGUUUUGUAAAUAUAACAGUACUGGCCUUAGUUACUGGAUCCUGUCGCAGCAAACUCUGUCGCGUCACACCCUGUCGCGUGAUGUACACGUCAGCACUUCCGCUCUCUCUCUCUCUCCUCCUUCCUCUUAUCGUCUCUCAUAUGACAGAAUAACAAAGAACAGACAAUAAUUUAGUAGUUCAUGCACUACUGAGUUAUUUCAACCAUUCAAUAUUCCUCCAGUCACAUUCGCUCUAGGAAUUAACUCAGGAAUAGUAGAAAUAGCUCAAUAACAUUUUAUUUUAUUUAUUUAAUUAAUUAUUUUUAUUUAUUUUAUUUUUAAUCCGUCAACAUAUUUCUAGUUUAUCAAUUCGAUAGGUCUCAAGAAAACAGUUUAAUCUUCAAACAACAGCCUAUUUAACAACCAGAAUACACUAUUAGUCUCUAAAUCUCUCUCUUUGUCUCCCCGCAGCUCAGUGUAGGCAGAGGAGUGGCACAUUUGCCCUUACGUAAUUCUAGAGUCAUAAAAUCACGCGCAUGCGUAGUCCAUUCACCAAUACGAUUUCAGCGUGAACAGAGCUCUCUCCCAGCUCUCUCCAAGCUAGACAAUAGAAAGUAGACAGUCCCGCUGUACUUCCUCUCUUUUACCCCUCAUAGACAAACAAUAACACUUAACAGAGCUCACAAACCAUAGGACACAAAUCCUACACUAUUCUAUAUACAAUUUAAGAGGCUUAAUCCAUUCCUAUGGAUGUAGCAUGUAGCAUGUAUCAUGUAGCAUGUAUCAUGUAUCAUGUAGCAUGUAGCAUGUUACCUCCGUUGCGCCGUAAAAUUCCUUUGUUCCUAAAUUUAGGCUGCCACGAGGUCCGCGGACAUCCAAUGAGCGGUCACAUCAAUCAUAUGAUUCGUCAACCACAUGCUGAGAGGUAACUUACAACCGAAUAUAUAUGCCACAGCCUCAAGUCCCCUGGACUCACCUAACUACACCUAAUGUGUUUUUAGGAUUUUUGGCCUAUCAUAAUGAUCGCCUCAUUACGAGGGUUUUCCAUAGAUUAGCAAUGGUUCUAAGUUGUACACAUUUACCUUGGCCUUAUUCCUUUCAAUCUAUUCUUCUUGAACUUUAUUCAAGCAAAAUAUCCCUAUAGACACUCCCCCCUUUUUGCGUUGUUUACCAGCGCAAACAAAUUUAGAACGGACUCCUAUCCCACAGCAUAUAACCAACAACGCACACACGCAAGUUCUCAACGGUGCAUUCCUUCAACGCACACACACAGACACACGAACUAACCAGAGCCCAAAGUGGUGACAAAACUCACCCUUAUCUGCCAGACUCUGGAGCGAAAGUCAGCUGGGCGCUCAUGAAUGGAACGCUGAGAAAAACGCAAUUCGUCCAAAUUCCUCGUUGCCAUUUUGUUGUGUCGAGUAAACGUUGCUAAUUAUGCUGUGCGACCAAGGAGAACCGCUGACGCUGUAUUUUCAUCAUAAAGGUUUAUUCAUAACAAAGGGUUACAGCGUCGAUUUACAGAUACCUGCAGAUACCUGGAGAAUAAUCGCUCCAUCUCAAAUAUGAUUAUUCUGUCUUCCUUUGUCCUAACUGUGGUAUAUAUCCUAUGUAAUCUGAUAUGGGUGUUCCCCUACAGACCAAUCACCUGUCUCCACACAACAGACUUCCUCUGUUCUAUGGGGUGUCCCCCUAAAACUGCUCCCCAGAUGCUCCCUCUAAGCUGAAUAAACCUCCUCUCAAGUUCCAUUGUAAGUCGCUCUGGAUAAGAGCGUCUGCUAAAUGACGUAAAUGUAAAUGUAAAACGUUAGCAAAGUCAUAAUUCCUCAGAUACUACAGUAGCCUCAGUUAGCCUACCCUGCUAGCUAGCUAGGUAGCUAGCUAGCUUAAGUAGCUUUUCUUCUGGGUUUGAUGCAGUCAAAACAGGUACUGUACUAUGUAAUCAGAUUGAUGAUAAAUAACCUAGCUUUGGCAGCUAGAACUUAGUAACAAGUGCGAGUCAGCUUAGUUGCUGCUGUCUCUCUCUCCCCCGCCUGCUGCUAGAAUUCCUCUCUCCCUCGGCUCUCGGCUCGUGCAUUAACAGCUUAAGUUAAUAGCCUACCUUAAAACUUCAAUUAAAUGCAGAGUCUCAAAUAGCCGACUGUCCCUUUUAAUAUCCGGGCAACGGCACACAUUUCAGAAAAUAAAUGCCUGUUUCAAAUAAACGCCGGCAAUUCGCCCUCUAGUGGCGAAAGUAAAAACUGUUGAAAUGCACAGUUUACAUUUACGUCAUUUAGCAGACGCUCUUAUCCAGAGCGACUUACAGUUAGCGAGUGCAUACAUCAUUUUUUUAUUUUGACCCGUGGGAUUCGAACCCACAACCUUGGUGUUGCAAACGCCAUGCUCUACCAACUGAGCUACAUCCCUGCUGGCAAUUCCCUCCCCUACCCUGGGCCAAUUGUGCACCGCCCCUUGGGUCUCCUGGUCACGGCCAGCUACGACAGAGCCUGGAUUCAAACCAGGAUCUCUAGUGGCACAGCUAGCACUGCGAUGCAGUGCCUUACACCACUGCGCCACUCGGGAGGAGAAUAAUUAUUCUGUCAAGGAAACGUUUUUUUUCCCUUCUCAAAAUAGAGGCAUACUAAGACAAAAGAAACGUGACAGUGUGUAAAUGAUAACACAUUAGUGCAGGAACUGAUAGUCCUGUGUGGCUCAGUUGGUAGCGCAUAGUGCUUGCAACGCCAGGGUUGUGGUUUUGAUUCCCACAGGGACCAAUACAAACAUUUAUGCACUCACUACUGUAAGUCACUCUGGAAAAGAUUGUCUGCUAAAUGACUAAAAUGUAAAUGAAGAAAUUGAUUAAAAUACUGGAAUAAAAAUAUUAAGUAUGCAAAUUUGCAAAACCUGUGUGCAUUAAGGAUAUAGAAGCCGGUCUCUAAUAAGUGCCUGUUGUGUUGAGUGAUUUAAGCAAAUAAACACCUGGGCUAUUAAUUGAAGUUUUAAAGGUAGCUCAAAAUGGGCUUUUCUGCUGGUUCCCUCACUCGGACAGCUCAGAUCAGGUCUGGACCCGCCCGGGUCUAUACAGGGUUGUGUCUGGUUGUCCUCAGUGCCGUUCGGACUGGGUCUCCAUAUUUAAAAUGUUUAUUUAUUCGGGUAGGGUCCAGGGAGGAAAUCCCCGGGUCCGUUUCGGAACGGGGUCAAACUUUUUAGACCCUUGAGACCAUUAGUUUGAGGUCAACAGACCAUAGUGUUUUGCACUGUAUCAGUUUUGACAGACCCUUUCUCUCUCUCAGACUCUGGCCACCUCAGCACCGUUGUGUCCGAGGCCUUUGUGCGUUUCUUCGUAGAACUCGUCGGCCACUAUCCACUCUUCAUCACCGAAAGGGAGGUUGACGCCUCCUCCACUUUCUCCUCCCCCAUCCCCUCUUCCUUCCAUCGUGAGUCCUUCCGUAAGUCUGUCUCGUCUAAGAGUCUGAGGCAGUUCCUGGAGGUCUUCAUGGAGACACAGAUGUUUGGCCUGUUCAUCCAGGAGAGAGAGCACCACAGACAGGCACUGAGAGGUACGGGUCAAAGGUCAAAGUUCUAAAGCUUUAUUGUCCAACUUUGGAUAACACAAAGUGUGUUUGUUUUUCUACAGGACUGUUUGAGGUGAGGGUGCAGGAGUAUUUGGACUCAAUUCAUGAUAAUGAGCAUCGCAGGGUUAACAAGUUCCUCAAAGGACUGGGUAAGGAUUAG